CUCUCCAAUCCUGUCUGGUAGUUGGGAUCUCUCAUCUCUCUUCUUCCCUCUCUCUCUCUGUGUCUCCCCAAAAUCCCAAUCCCCAAUAUAUCAGUCACUUUCACUCCCCCAUUCUUAACGUUUUACUUGAAACAGAGAACAGGGAGGCGUUUCCUCCGUCUCAUCUUCACUACCUCCAACUGGCUCAACUGGGCAGCACUGCAGCUCUUGAUUCCUCAGUUUCAUGUGUAAAGUGCAGAACUUUGAGGCCCCGAGCUCUGCCGUCUGCUGCCUCUCGAAGAAAGGUCUUUGGUUCUCCGGUUGAUUGGGGAAAGGGGUGCCUGUAAAUGGUGAUGAAACAACAGAGGGUCUCUGUCUGUCUGGUUCUUGGGCACUGACGGCGACUCUCUCAUCCACCCCCCCGUAAAGUUCCAGUCGAAGGAUGAUGGCGGUGACUUCAUCCUGUAAGGAUGGUGGGCACAAGAUGGCGAUGGACAACGGGAAGUACGUCCGCUACACUCCCGAGCAGGUGGAGGCGCUUGAGAGACUGUACCACGAGUGCCCAAAACCGAGCUCCCUCCGAAGGCAACAGCUUAUCAGGGAGUGUCCAAUCCUCUCCAACAUUGAGCCCAAGCAGAUCAAAGUCUGGUUUCAGAACCGAAGAUGCCGAGAGAAGCAGCGAAAAGAGGCGUCGCGUCUCCAAGCUGUGAAUCGGAAACUGACAGCGAUGAACAAGCUCCUGAUGGAGGAGAACGAUCGGCUGCAGAAGCAAGUUUCACAGCUCGUCUAUGAGAACAGCUAUUUCCGACAACAGACACAGAAUGCGACUCUCGCUACGACAGACACAAGCUGUGAAUCAGUUGUCACAAGCGGUCAGCACCACCUGACUCCUCAGCAUCCGCCAAAGGAUGCAAGCCCUGCUGGACUUCUGUCUAUUGCAGAGGAGACUCUAGCAGAGUUUCUCUCAAAGGCCACUGGAACUGCUGUGGAGUGGGUCCAAUUGCCUGGGAUGAAGCCUGGUCCGGAUUCCAUUGGAAUCGUUGCUAUUUCUCACGGUUGCACUGGUGUGGCAGCACGUGCCUGUGGCUUGGUGGGUCUCGAACCGACACGAGUUGCAGAAAUCCUCAAGGAUCGGCCCUCAUGGUUCAGAGACUGCCGAGCCGUGGAUGUGCUGAACGUGCUGUCCACUGGAAGCGGUGGAACCAUCGAGUUGCUCUACAUGCAGCUCUAUGCCCCUACCACUCUGGCUCCAGCUCGUGACUUCUGGUUGCUCCGAUAUACAUCUGUUAUGGAAGAUGGAAGUCUCGUGGUCUGUGAAAGAUCGAUUAACAACACGCAGAACGGUCCGAGCAUGCCUCCUGUUCAGCAUUUUGUGAGGGCUGAGAUAUUACCGAGUGGAUACUUGAUCCGACCCUGCGAAGGGGGAGGGUCCAUCAUCCACAUAGUUGAUCACAUGGACUUAGAGCCAUGGAGCGUACCGGAAGUAUUACGCCCACUUUACGAGUCAUCAACCUUGCUUGCUCAAAAGACAACAAUGGCGGCUUUGCGCCACCUGAGGCAGAUUUCUCAAGAAGUUUCACAGCCAAAUGUCUCGGGAUGGGGGAGAAGACCCGCUGCUCUACGCGCAUUAGGACAGAGGUUGAGCAGGGGAUUCAACGAAGCUGUUAACGGGUUUACGGACGAUGGGUGGUCAAUGUUGGAGAGUGAUGGCAUCGAUGAUGUCACCCUGCUCGUGAACUCAUCACCAGGAAAGAUGAUGAUGGGCACAAACCUUUCUAAUUAUGCCGCCGGCUUCCCUUCCAUGACAAGUGCUGUCCUCUGUGCCAAAGCUUCAAUGCUACUGCAGAACGUGCCUCCAGCAAUACUCUUGAGAUUCCUGCGAGAGCAUCGCUCAGAGUGGGCAGACAGCAGCAUUGAUGCUUACUCUGCUGCGGCCAUUAAAGCAGGUCCUUGUACCUUGCCUGGGCCUCGACUCGGUAGCUUUGGGAGCCAAGUUAUCCUCCCACUUGCUCAGACAAUUGAGCAUGAAGAGUUUAUGGAGGUCAUCAAGCUCGAAAACAUGGGCCAUUAUCGGGAUGACAUGAUCAUGCCUAGCGAUGUCUUCCUCCUACAACUAUGUAAUGGAGUAGAUGAAAAUGCCAUCGGCACCUCUGCGGAACUCAUAUUUGCCCCGAUCGACGCAUCAUUUUCUGAUGAUGCACCCAUAAUUCCUUGUGGCUUCCGCAUCAUUCCUCUUGAUUCAAAAACGGACCCCUCGAGUCCGAACCGCACACUGGACCUUGCUUCUGCUCUUGAGGUUAAGCCACCAGGAAACAAAACGUCAGGAGACAGCACCGGUAAUGGAAAUGGGAACUCCAAAUUUGUCAUGACAAUAGCAUUUCAAUUUGCAUUCGAACUGCACCUCCAGGAAAAUAUUGCGUCAAUGGCCCGUCAAUAUCUCCGGAGCAUCAUAGCAUCUGUCCAGAGGGUGGCUCUGGCUCUUUCUCCUACGAAUAUCGGCUCUCAGGUGGGCCUGAGGCCACCUCCUGGCACUCCUGAGGCUCACACACUCGCCCGUUGGAUCUGCCAAAGCUACAGGUGCUACUUAGGUGCAGAGUUACUCAAGAACGAAGUUAGUGACUCAUUGCUCAAAACGCUAUGGCAUCAUUCAGAUGCAGUCAUGUGCUGCUCUUUAAGGGCUUUGCCCGUGUUUACGUUUGCCAAUCAGGCAGGACUUGACAUGCUAGAGACAACCUUGGUCGCUCUCCAAGACAUUACCCUCGAGAAAAUCUUUGACGAGAAUGGAAGGAAGACUCUGUGCUCUGAAUUCCCCCAGAUAAUGCAACAGGGUUUCAUGUGCCUCCAAGGUGGAAUAUGCCUAUCAAGCAUGGGAAGGCCGGUAUCAUACGAGAGAGCAGUGGCAUGGAAGGUUAUGAAUGAAGAGGAGAAUGCCCACUGCAUCUGCUUCAUGUUCAUCAACUGGUCGUUCGUGUGAACAUUUUCCCUCACAAACCAAUCAAAUUCCCAGCCCGAGUUUCAAUUCUCUUUUCCUUUUGGGAAUAGAGGGAGAUCCCAAUUUUUUGUCCAAUUAGCUAGUAUGCCUUGCAGGUUGCUGUCUAUACAAUACCCCUAAUUUAUGAAAUUAUCUUUCUUGAUGACUUAUGGAAUUAUCUUUCUUGAUGCUUAAACAUAAUCUUAUAGUCUCA